AUGGAUACAGCUGCAAGUGAAAGAUCCAGCGAAACGACUCCGUUAAGCCGAGAAAAUACUGAAAAAUCUAUAAUACCAAUACAUACAGUUAGUCAAACAUUCGGUACAACUUAUUUUCUUGUGUCAGCAUUAUUGGCAUCUAUUAUUCCAAUAAUUCAACUGUCAAUUGGUCUGUAUUUCAAAGGAAUGUGUCCUAUUGAUCAGCGUAUUCCAACUUAUAUGAUUGUCGCUGGUAGUUGUGGCUUAGCACUCGCUGGUCUUACAAUUUUUCUCGCUAUUACAUUUAAGUGUUUAAUUGCAGAUUCGACAGCAAUGAAUAUAGUGGGUAGUUGUGGUGUAUGUUUAAAUGUAUUGGCAACAGUAUUGAUAUCAAUAUUUCUUUUUAUUUGGUUUAUUUUUGGUUGUGUCUGGGUAUUUAACAUUCGCAGCGAAGUACAAUUUAAAGAUAAAAGUAGUGGCAACUAUUGCAACGCAGUUUUAUAUGAAGCAACGUUUGUAUUACUUAUAAUAUCGAUUAUUUGGGCUUUUCUUCAAUGCUGUUUCUCAUGUUUUCGGCAAUGUUGUUCAACAGGACGUGAUUGA